ACGAAGCUGCAUCCAUGUCCACUAUCCACCUGACAUUAUUUAAGACACUUUGUUCUAUUUGACAGGUGAAACCUUCAACUCAUUAAGUUUCCAGUAUAGGAUUGGAAGCACCACACUGAGCAGGAUUGUCAUGGAAACAUGCACAGCUCUUACCUGUGCACUGCAUGAAGAUUACUUGAAGACACCAUCAACCGAGUCUGAGUGGAAGGCCAUUGCCAGAGACUUUGCAAACAAGUGGCAAUUUCCACACUGCCUGGGAGCUAUAGAUGGUAAACACAUCUUCAUCCAACCCCCUCCCAAGAGUGGCAGCAUGUAUUUUAACUACAAGUCCAGGUUUUCCAUCAUUCUUAUGGCUGUUGUUGAUGCCAAUUACAAGUUUGUGUAUGCAAGCGCAGGGACACAAGGUAGGGUCUCUGAUGCAGGAGUGUUUGCCCAUUCAGACCUGAAAGAAGCAAUGGACACAGGCACACUGAACUUUCCCCCUGCUGAUACCCUGCCAGGCACUGAUGCUAUGAUGCCACACAUGCUAAUUGGAGAUGAUGCUUAUCCCCUCCGACCAGAUCUCAUGAAACCAUAUCCAUUUCGAAACCUUAACACCGAUCAGAGAAUAUACAACUACCGUCUGUCCAGAGCACGUCGCGUUGUGGAGAACGCUUUCGGAAUUUUGGCGAAUCGCUUCAGAGUGUUCAGAACAACAAUUUGCCUGGACCCAGACAAGGUUGUCACCAUUAUCUUUGCGUGUCUUUGUCUGCACAACUAUCUCCGGGACCACAGAUCUGACGCCUAUGUACCACCUGGCUAUGUGGAUUCUGAGGAUGCCAACCACCAGCUGGUCGAAGGUGCAUGGAGAAGGGAGGGAGAGCUUCAGUCAGUUUCAAUGGGCCUUGCACGGAACCCCUCAGUGGAAGCAAAGAAACAACGAGAUGUCCUUUGCGAGUACUUUGUCUCACCUGCAGGGAGUGUUUCAUGGCAAGAAGACAUGGUGUAGGAAGACAGAAGGGUUGUUUUUUGUUUGUUUUUUUGUUUAA